ACUGUGAAACUGAUUGAGGCACUGAAGCAAUAUUAUGCAGCACAGCCAAGCACCCCUACAAAAUCUGAUGAACCUAAGAAAGCCCCAGCGCCCCGUAACUCAUCUGGAACAAAGACAAAGAAAAUCAAAAGAUCUACGUUUGAAAUUCCAUCAGAUGUAGAUGGGCCGAAAGAGUUGACAGAAUCGGAAGAGCCCAUUAAAUCACAGAAACGUAAACGAAACAGUUCAUCUGAUGAACCAGAAUCAUCUCCAGUUCAAACUGACAGUACACAGCCGAUUAAGAAAAGAAAAACACGCUCUCCAAAAAAUGACGUCUGCAAAACAACUGAGAAAUCACCGAUGAGAAAAUCACCAACAAAUCACAGUAAACCUUCACAGGCAACACCACCGAAGCCUGUUGUUGAUUCUGAUAUGAAAGCAAUCAUAAUGGCUGAAUUGGACAAAAAAGUUCAAGAAAGAAAAUCAGUGUUGUCUCAGUCAACUGGUAAAAUACCCCGCUUUGCUGCAUUUGCCGCAAGGAAUCGAGAUUCCAAGCCUAUCACACCUGGUAACAAAGACUGGAACAAAAUCCACAGUAAAGGAUUUGACAAAAUGGAAGGAAUUGACCAGUAUCUUGAAAGAAAGCGACAACGAAUGGAAUCAUUAAGUGCUUCAACUAAGAAAGCCAAGAAAAUUGUUGAUGAAGCCAAAAACGCAGCUGAAAACUUGAAAGCAGUUAAAACACCCAAGUCUGCUUUUAAGAACGUCAGGAUUGCCAAGUCUGUUGGUCGUAUGAAAUCGCCUGGCAACUUCCUGAAAUCCCCAAGACCAGUUGUAGUGAAACCCAAAACCUCCAAUUUGAAAACACCGAUUAAGCCAGUAUUGCCACCAAUUUUAACAACUUCCAAGACUCCAACUGUCAAGAAAUCUGUACAUCUAACUGUACCAACCACAGCACCAAAAUUGGCAAGAAAAUCUGUUGGAGUUGAAAGAAAAUCUCUCGGCAAUCGAGUCAUACAAUUGAAUACAACUCUCACUCCUAAACCAAAGAAAACAGUUUUUGAUUUGCAAGCUAGCUUGCACAAGCCAUUGUCGUAUAGACCAUAUACAGGCAAGCUGAAACCAUUGUGUGAAAACAGCUCAAAUAAAGUCAUUCGACCAAAUCUCGAGAAGGCAAAACAAGAAAUUAAAAAACCCAAACUACAGACAAGGGACGAUAGAAGAAAUGCUCAUACACUUCACAGAAAGACUAUGAAAGCAAACAACAUGAUGGCAAGACGGGGUAUUACAUCAUAAAUCUAUCAUUUUAUUUAGCAGCAAUUUUUAAUUUUACACCAGAAUUUGAUAUUUUAAAAACAAUCUAUAUUCUGACUGCCAUUUUUUUUCAGACAUUCAUUUUAAAAAAAAAAAAACAAUUAUUUUAUGAAUAUUAGAUUAACUUAUCAUGGUCGAGUAAUUCAUGAAAUACUUUUUAAAAUUAGAGAUUGUCACAUUUCAAUAUAGUUAGGGUACAUUCAGUAAGUAGAGGUUGUUCUCUAUUAUUACACCAUUUUGGUGUAUUGAAUAUUAUAUUUUGUUGUCUUUCUGUUUGUUGACAAAAAGACACUAGCAAGCACUCAUGUCAGAAAUGAUGUUUCUAAACUGUUAUCAUUAUUGAUAUCUAACUUGUAUUGCUGUCUUCUUCUUCACCCAUAUGCUUGCUGUACGUGUUUUAUAUAAAGUAUGUAAGAUUUAAUAGAAUUUAUCAGUAAAAUGAACAAAUGAUAUUUUCUGGAUCUCAUGGCAAAGUGUAGUUGUUUCUGUAUUGCCUGUGAUACACAGCAGUUGAUGGCUGUUGGUAUGUGUUUGAUGAAUUUAUUUUUAACACAAUAUAUCACAGUCACUGAUUAGUUGUUGAUUCACACGGUAUUAGAUUUCAUGUUGUUUUAUGUUGGUUUCUUUUCACCGUUGUAAAUAAUGUGUGCGUUACUUACUGAUCACGUUAGUUUUUAGUCUUUAUGUAUUUUAUCCUUGACAAGGAACUGUUCUUUCUUUUGUAUUCCAUUAAAUAUUGGAUUCUGAUAA